AGGUCGUCGACAAGAUGGCCAACAACGAGCCUCACACGGCCUCGGCGCCGCCAGUGCCCUCGUCGUCGAGCAGUACCCCCUCCCCCGCCGCCCUCUCCCGAGCCCUUUCCGACCUCGCCCUCGUCCACGCGACCCCUCCUGCACACCCUGAACCUCCCUCGCCACGAACACGUUCGCCACGAGCCGCCUCGCCUACGUCCUCGGCCGCGGCAUCGUCUUUCGGCAGCUCGAUCUUCGACCGCCCGCCCGUCUCGUCGCGCUCGACCCGCGACAGCACCCUCACGUCGCUGCACCGGCACCCGUCCCAAGUGGGCCCGUCGAGCGCUCUGGCGUCCGCGAUGGGACCGCCGGGCGGUGGAGGCAGGAAGGCGAGCGUCAGCCUCCAGCUGUUCAAGGAGACGGCGCGAGCGGGCGAGGGCGGCGAGACGGCUGGCGAGGGACGACGGGCUGCCGCUCGGCCUUCGCCGAGCAAGUCACGGCACCCGUCGUCGAGCUCGUCGGUCAAGGGCAAGGAGCGCGAGCGCGAGCACACGGUCACGCUCCCCGUCGGCGACGGGUACCUCACGUUCUCGUCGCCCUCGCCUCGCCCGACGCGACCAUCUUUGCGCCA